AUGCCACUUGAUACGUGGAAAAAAAAUUUUCGAAUGAGCCAGGAAGAAUUUAAAAAACUAGCUGACGAACUACGGCCUUUUAUAUCCCCAGAUCUUUCUUCUCCAACUUAUAUGGCUUUGAGCGCAGAAAAAAAGUUGGCUAUGACCUUGUAUUUUUUGAAGGACACCGGCUCUAUGGCAAUGACAGCAAAUACUUUUGGUGUGGCGCUGUGUACUGUUUCUAGACAUGUAGUACAAGUCAGUUAUGCAAUUGCGAAGCAUCUCGGCCCGAAAUACAUACAUUUGCCAAUGAGUAAAGACGAAAUGAGACAAAAAUCUGCUGAAUUUGAAGCAAAAUUUGGGAUGCCCCAAGCAUUUGGAUGCAUUGAUGGAACUCAUGUACGAAUUAAAAGACCAGUUUGUAACUCUCAAGAAUAUUUUAAUUAUAAACAGUUUUAUUCCUUGAGUGUUCAAGCUAUUUGUGAUUUUCAAGGUCGUUUCAUGGAUGUAGAUUGCAGAUGGCCAGGAAGUGUCCACGAUGCGAAAGUGUUUGCCAACUCUUCUAUAAAUAGAAAGUUGAGCAAUGGUCUACUUCCAGUUACUUACAAACGACUAGUGCCAGGUCAUGCAGAAAUCCCAAACUAUUUAAUUGGGGACCCAGCCUAUCCUCUUUUGCCGUAUUGCAUGAAAGAAUACCAAACAUGCACAACAAACCAAGAGGUUCUAUUUAAUAAUUUGUUGCGAUCAGCCCGAAACCCAAUUGAAUGCUCAUUUGGAAGGCUUAAAGCUAGAUGGUCAGUUUUAAGUAAGCAGAUCGAUGUAAAAUUAGAAAAUGUACCAGUAAUAAUUUACUCAUGCUUUGUUCUUCACAACUAUUGUGAACAAAAUAAGACUGGAAUUGACCACAGCUUAGUUGAAAAACAAAUUUCGUUAAAGAAGGUGCAAGAAAAUGGAAAUCCUUUGGCAAAGUAUUCUAGCAAUGAAGGGGAAGGAGGAGUUGUUAGAACUGUUUUGACUACUUACAUUAAGUUAAAUCUUCCUGAUCAUUUGGUAACAGAUUAAUAAGUAAAUGAAGUCUACACUUUCAUGCAAUUGUAAAACUUUAUGAUAUAUAUAGUUUGUUAAGGUAAACAAAAUUGUUUCAAAUAGGAAAUAUACAAAAAAAA